UGGCCACAGACCAAUCGCUGUCCACACGGACGUGUAUCAUACCUGCUACACAGGCUAACAUCAAAUCAGCGCAAUAUCGGAAAUCAUUCAUUUCGUCACAUGCACAGGGAUAGCACGUAAUCUUGAAAUAGUCUCGUAGUUUCGGGAGCUUCCGGUAUGAACGAAUGGCGGUUUUGCCCGAUCUGUAUUUGUCGCUGGAACAGGAUAAUCACAAAAAGCUUCACAAAUUGCUAGUAGGUGGCGCAGAUGUCGACUACUUGUUCGAGGACGAUGGACGUUUGAGUGGGAAAUCUCUUCUCCAUCUAUGCUGUGAGAAGGGACGCGUAGAAUGUGCAAAACUUCUAAUCAGAAAUGGAGCGGAUAUUAACAUACGCGAUAAAUGGGGACAGACCCCCUUAAUGCAUUGUGUUAUUGCAAGGAAUUUAAACCUGGCUAAGUUUUUGUUGUCAUGGAAAAAGUCUUCUGUUAGGUGUCAAGACAAAUUCGGUAAGACUGCGCUACAUUUUGCAGUGGAAGAAGGUUGUGAAGAGGCUGUGAAGUUGUUAUUGUGGUACGGAAGUGACGUUAAUGCUAGCACAAUGUGCGGACUAACUCCCCUUAUUAAUCUUUGCUCUCAGCCACCGUACCCAAACCAAAUCGCCCUUCUGGACGUGCUUCUCACCUCAGGUGCUGUUGUCAAUAUGAGAGACUUCCGAUGUAAAAGGUCAGCUCUUCAGGUGGCAGCACUACAAAAGAACAUCAAAGUCGUAGAGAAGCUUUUAUCCUGGGGAGCUGACCCGAACUCUCUGGACAGGGCUGGCCGGAGCGCUCUGACUAACGUCAUCAGUGAGUGUUUACAUGCGUACGAGAUAAAUCGUGAGAUUGAUCCUGACGUCAUGACGGUCAUCGUACAACUUACACAGGCGGGUUCUGAUCUCAACAUCAACAAGUGUAAAUGUAGUAACCCUCUCAUAGUUUCAACGUUCCUCAAGGUGGAGCCACUGGUACGAUUCUUCCUGGACAACGGCGCUUGUCCGGAUGUUACAUUAUUAUUACGGAACUUCCAGUCCGGGAUGACGCCUCUGCUGGUAGCUGUAAACAAAGGAGACGCUGCAGUGACACGUGCUCUUAUCUCCCACGGGUGUCGGAUGGACGUGCGUGGUAGGAUAACGCGCAGACCGGAAGAGGAAGUGUACAUGGACCCAUUCGAGCUGGCAAUAGAGAACGCGUCUUGGGAUUUGGUGAAAUACAUGGUGUCGGCGGGAUACCACCCUUCUAACAUUGCGUAUCUACGUUCGGUUAGUCCCGGAGUUUCCCUUCCAACAUCUCUCCGUAUCAACAAAGAAAUGCUGACCUUCUUGAGGAAGACCGCCUCCCAGCCAACAAGCCUGUUUCAGUCAACGUUACUGAUGAUCUGGCGUACACUAGGUUCGGACUUACCGAACAAAGUGCGCCUUUUAUCACUUCCGUCCUCUCUCAAGUGUAUGAUUAUGUCGGAGGCAUUUUUGUCAAAGUAUUGAUAAAAUAUUGUUUCUCUUC